UGUUGGUCAGCCAUUCGGUUUUGAGUAAAAGUCCUGUUAGAGGAGUUCAUUCAGACGAAAGCAGCUGAGUGCAGAAGUAACAAGCGGGAUGGCACCUUUGAUGUUUAAAGAUGCUUUCUGGGGAUCUGAUUUUACUUGCCAUGCUGGGUAUGACGCUGUGAUCCAAAGGUUACGAGAUGGAAGACAAAUGUGCAAAGAUGUGGAGGAGCUUUUAAAAAUGAGGGCACUAGCAGAGGAGAAGUAUGGGAAGGAGCUGGUGACUAUUGCUCGCAAAGCCGGAGGACACUCAGAGAUCUGCACCUUGAGAGCAUCCUUUGACCAAUUAAAAACACAAAUUGAGACCAUUGGGAACUUUCACAUCCAACUAUCUGAUAUAUUGAAAGAGGAGGUGAAAAAAAUUGAGACAUUCAAAGAACAUCAGAAAGAGCAGAGGAAGAAGUUUGAGAGCAUCAUGGAGAAGGUUCAGAAGAAAAAGGUUGCUUUGUUCAAGAAGACCAUGGAGUCGAAGAAGAACUAUGAGCUGAGAUGCAAGGAGGCAGACGAGGCAGAACAUGGGGCUGAGAAGACCAACAUAACAUCCAAAAACUCAGAAAAGGCACGUCACAGGGCCAAGCAGUACAGACAGACCGCCAAUGAAGCAGAGAAGCUGUACUUCAACAACGUUGUUCAGCUAGAAAGCGUUCGCCUGGACUGGGAGGAAACACAUAAAAGCACAUGUGAGGUGUUCCAGAAGCUGGAGGGAGAUCGAAUUGGGAUGCUCAGGUGUGCCCUCUGGGACCACUGCAAUCAUUUCUCCAUGCAGUGUGUCAAAGACGAUGAGUUUUUCGAGGAGGUGAGGAAGCAGCUGCAGCAGUGUGACAUCCCGACAGACAACAACUGCUUCAUAGAGAUGAAAAGCACGGGAUCAAGGCCUCCAGAGCCCAUAGUGUUUGAGAGCUGCUACCAGGCAAAUAUGUCCGGAGAAAGCAAUGGCCAAGCUCUUUUUGCAGGAGGAGAAGACAUGAUGAGGAGGUGCUCUGAUUCCCUUCUCGGAAGCUCUGUGAACGUCAGCAUCGACAAUCCUCAGACCUCACAAUCAGCACUGACAUCUGUUGGCAAGUCCUCAGUUGAGAUUUCAGAUGGAGGAUGUGCACGUCUACUAGACCUCCAGCAGGACACAUCAUUGGCCACAUUCAUAGAUGAUGAAGAUAUCUACAUUGCGCUUUAUACAUACGCUGCACAGGCAGAUGAUGAACUGUCUGUGAGCAGAGGGGACAUGGUCCGAGUGUUGGAUCGAGGAGAAGAUGGUUGGUGGAGCGUGGAGAUGGACAGCCUGACUGGACUGGUGCCAGGAAACUAUCUGGGCAAAAUCUGAACAUGCACACACACACACACACACACAAAUAAGAAAAUACAAACAAAUACACACAAACAAAUGACAAAACACGAAUAGCCACACACCAAAACACAUCCGUGUGCAUUACGCUUAAAGACACAGUCAAAAUGUGUCAAACAUGCAAAACAACAUACAUGAACAUGAAUACAUACUGCAUCACGUCACCUAUAGAUUAAGAUAUACACACACUUUCUGUUCCAAGCUUCCUGGAUAAAUGCUCUUUUACGAGCACAGCUGAUGUCAAACUGUUGUCCUGAUUUUCUGAACAUGCACUGAAAAUCUAGCAUCAUUUAGUAAGUGGGUUUGUUAUUUAUUAAUGGUAAGUUAGUCGAACAGUUUGUUGUUUGUGAUUGUAUUUAGGUUUUAACCCUGCUACCUCAUGUGUUUUACAGCUGGGAUUCUUCAUUCUCUAUUCUUAGACCAGUGUACACACAGUGUCACAGGACUGAAGAAUUAUUAUCAAAAAUGGCUUCCACUGACAUUGCUGUAUGUCACUAAGUCAUUGUUUUGCCCUUAUUUGUUAGUGUGAGUCAAUGUGAGUAAACAACUAUGAUUAUACCAGAGCAGGCCAGGGUUUGCAUGACAACAAUGCAGGUUAUUGUACUUAACAUGACAGAAAUAACUGAUAAAUUAUCUCUCAGGUUCUGUCCAGUAUUUUUUUGUGUCUGUUUGUGAGCUGGGGAAUAUAGAGGGUCAUGUUGUGUAUGUAAUUAUGUCUACUGUCUAUAAGGUAUUUUCAGUGACCCCUGGGAAGAUCAUCAGUUACCAUGGAGAUCAGAAUACAAAAAAAUGAAGUUUAUAUAACUGAGGAAACGAUAAGACUGUGAUUAUGAUCUGUUAAAUGAUGGCACAUCGAUUUGUUUAACUAUAUUCAUAUUCUUCAUGUGCCUGAUGAAAUAUCAAAUCAUUACCUCUGUAUGUAUCAUUUAAUUGGUAACAUAUUUACUUCCAUAUAAAACCAUGUGAAUAAAAAGGCAAUG